CAAUCAAAUCGGGGCCGCAAACCAACUCCUCCGUGGCGCCAUUUGGUCCUCUCUUAAAGUAGCGUUCUUCAUUUUCUCUUCUACACAAAGUCGAAUACUUCCAUAACACUGUGAUUACUUCAAACAACCCUUGCAAAUUUCCUUGUUCACGUCCAAAAAAUGUCGAAAUUGUUUACAUUUAGACCAGACACCAAUUUAUCAUGUCUUUCACAGCACAAAUUUCGCCGUUCCUCGAACAAACGGUUCUUAAAACCAUCAUCAUCACCAUGUUUACUAAAUUCAAGGUCUUUAAAAGUUUCUUGUAGCAUCAGGGAGAAAGAAAAUAUCGCAGAAAACGAGAGAAUUUCUCCGAUAGUUACCGGGCUAAAAGUUGAUGAUGAAUUAGGGGAGAAACCUGGAAUUGGGAUUGAGAAAUUAGGGCUGGAAAACUUGAGUUGGCCUCCUUGGAAGAAUGUUCCUCAAAGAUAUAAACUCAUUGGCACUACCUCACUUGCUUUUGUUAUUUGUAACAUGGAUAAGGUAAACUUGAGUAUAGCCAUUAUCCCAAUGUCGCAUCAGUUUGGAUGGAGUUCAUCUGUUGCAGGAUUAGUGCAAUCAUCAUUCUUCUGGGGAUACGCUUUGAGUCAGUUACCCGGUGGUUGGCUUUCAAAAAUAUUUGGUGGGAGGAUUGUUCUUCAAUUUGGCGUUUUGACAUGGUCACUUGCCACAGCACUGGUUCCUGUUGUUGCUGGAUUUAUGCCUGGGCUUGUUUUUUCAAGGAUUCUUGUUGGAAUUGGAGAGGGGGUAUCACCUUCAGCUGCCACAGAUUUGAUUGCUAGAUUAAUUCCAUUGGAAGAACGUUCAAGAGCUGUCUCAUUUGUAUUUGGUGGUUUAAGUGUUGGAAGUGUCUUAGGGCUUCUUUUAGCUCCCCCUUUGAUUGAAUCAUUUGGAUGGGAAUCUGUAUUCUACAUGUUUGGCUUGUUUGGAAUUAUGUGGUUUUUAGGGUUUCAAUUUGUUGCAGAAGACCAACCUUCAAUCAACUCUGGAUCAUUAUCAAGGUCUCAGUCAAAUCCAAAGUCAAAAUCAUGGGAAACUUCUAUGGAAGAAUUUGGUGGCUCCCUAAACGUACCAUGGAAGUCAUUUUUCCAAAGUAAAGCUGUAUGGGCGAUGAUAUAUGCUCAUUUUUGUGGAAGUUGGGGUCAUUAUUGCUGUUUAUCUUGGCUUCCUACUUAUUUUAGUGAGGAGUUGGACUUGAAUCUUACAGAAGCUGCAUGGGUUUCUGUUCUUCCUCCACUAGCUUCAGUUGUUGUUACAAGUUUCGCAUCACAAUUUGCAGACAACUUAAUCUCUAAUGGAGUCGACACAACUGUGGUUCGCAAGAUAUGUCAAACAAUUGCAUUUUUAUCCCCUGCUGCAUGUAUGAUUUUGUCAUCUGUUGACUUAGGGUUGCCUCCAUGGGAAGUUGUUACUAUUCUUACUGCUGGUUUAGCAUUAUCAAGUUUUGCUUUAUCAGGACUUUAUUGUACACAUCAAGAUAUUUCACCUGAAUAUGCAAGCAUACUUUUGGGCAUCACCAAUACAGUAGGGGCAGUUCCUGGAAUUGUAGGUGUUGCUCUCACUGGAUUUCUUCUUGAUUCAACACAUUCAUGGAGUAUGUCACUCUUUGCACCUUCAAUUUUCUUCUACCUCACGGGUACAAUCGUAUGGCUAGCAUUUGCAAGCAGUAAACCUCAAUCAUUCAAGAAAAUAGAUUGAAAAGCAUAAGUUGACUUUAUUGACCACAACUAACUUGGAUCCCUUCAACAAUUUUGAUAGAAGGUGACUAUAGCCUAUAGCUUUUACUAACCAAACUCUUGUAUUUAUAUGAAUUUGUAGCUAUAAUUAUAAAACUUCUUGUAAAUCUUUUGCUUUGUUAU